GAAAAUACGCUGGUAAGUUGCAGUUCUCACCUAGCCGCCUGAAAUACCGUAAUGGUGAAGAUGACUUUCAAGGUCACCGUCGCACUAACCAUCGGCCUCGCCCUGGCCGAUCGAUCAAUCGCCGGCGUGAUAUCGUUGGACAGCCAUGAUCAUCAUGCCUCGGUGGCCAGCUCAUACAUGCAUUUCCAAGGGCCGGUACAGGGUCCCGAAUACGAGGUGAAAGUGCCGCACGUACCUGUGGACCAUCUCGGCGAGCACAACUAUCUGACCCACCACGAGCAUCGCCAUCACGACGGCUACACGGUCGACUACGUGGCGAAACCGAAGUACGAAUUCUCGUACGGCGUCGAGGAUCAUCAUACCGGCGACUUUCACGGGCAGAAGGAGUCCAGCGACGGCCACAGCGUGUCCGGGGAAUACACCGUGAAGGAUCCUGGUGGCAGUCUUCGGAUUGUCAGCUAUCACGCGGACAAGGAAGGAUUUCACGCAAUGGUGCACACUUCCGGAAAGAAUGAUCAUUCGGGUGGAUCAUAUGGCGGUCAAGGGCACGACGAGACCCAAGGCCAUCUUCACGAAUACGCCGCCUUAGCCGCACACGCGGUAUCGUAUUGACAGAAAACGCGAUCGCCAUGACAACUAUGACUGAUCGCUCUUUGUACCUGGCACGAAUAGAUUUUUCCUUUCCGAAUCGUCAACGUUGAUGUUUCCGUUUGUAUACCAAAGGCGACAAUGUGCUGUCCGUCCAACGUUACACGCAGGAGAACGUAUCGUAUAUCAUAUUGUAAAUAUAGUUUAUCCCCUUUACAUACAAUAAAUGACAUAAACUUGACGGAAAAAUUCAUGACUAUUGCUUUUAUAUUAUACAGAUAGCAAUAGCGCUCUGCUUUUUCCGUAGAAUAUAAAAUUAUUGACAAACCAUGAUAGACAUGUGAAGUGCAUAAAUAAGGAUUUACAAAAUUAAUAAAGAUUUCCGAUAAAUAA